AUGGAGAAGGUUAUGGAGGAAGAUAUCAGUCGUUGGUGCCAAGAGAAGGGAGUGCAUGUUAACUAUAGUCUGAGUUUGGUUGGGAAUCUUUCCACCGUCAAGGAAGAAGAGGUAUUGAAAUUUAUGGAGCAAGUAUAUGGACUAAGUUAUCCCUGUAUAGUGGAUAAACGGAAGGAGCAGAAUGGAGAAGUGUCGGCUAUGCUCCUCAGUGGUAAGGAUGUAUUGGACAGGACUUUAUUUCCUGGUAUGAUCAUAUUGGAACGAGGAUCUGGGAGGAAAAUUCAAAUAAUCUGGCCUGAAGGACAAAGGUCAGAAGAGGAAGAGGCUACCCAAGGAGAUGAUCAAGGAGCAGGAGAACCUAUCACUGGGGUUAAUUCUGCUGGAUCCUAUAUGAUUCGUGAUGAAACCAAUGCUGCAUCUAGACAACGUACCAGCAGCUCAGAACCCCAGGUGGAAGCUGUAGUCGACAAAGUGGUUAGCCAUUUGGAAAGAUGGCACUUUGAAGGAGGAUAUCGUAGAUUGAGGAUAUUCUCGGGAAUUACUCCUGUACCUGCAGGAGAAGAAACAUACGAUAUGUGGAGGGAGGCUGCCAUCCAACAUUCUGAGGAAUGGCAAUGCCCUGAGCAUAUAAGAAAGCAGAGAGUAGUGGAGAGUCUGCAUGGGCCUGCUAUGAGGGUGAUACAAGCAACCAGGAGGAGCAACCCCAUUGCCACUUUACGGGAAUAUAUUGAGGCUUUAGAUUUCUCCUUUGGAACCUUGGAAGAUGUUGGAGAUAUGUUAGCCAGGCUGAACGGCACUUAUCAAAAUUACGGAGAGACGUUAACCCAAUUUAUAUAUAGAGUGGACCGGUUAAUAUAUAAGAUUGUGGACAAAGGAGGACUUACAUCAGACGUUGUGGAUGAGAGGCGAUUAAGACAAAUAUUGAAAGGGGCUCUUACCAACAGUCCGAUAGCUCAGAAACUUCGUUGUACUAUGACUCCAGCUCGACCCCCCACCUUGAAUGAAUUAGUCAGAGAUGUCAAAUUGGAGGAAGUCCAAAUGGAAAAUCGGGAAAAGUCUAUAAAAAAGGUGAAAGUUGUAUUACCUACUGCUGAUCCCCCUCCUGUGGAUGACAGAUUAUUGAGAAUGAUAGAAGAACAGAACAAGAAAAUCGACCAGCUUAUAGCUCUGCAGAUUAGCCAACAACGAGCCCCCAAUAGGCUGUUGGGUGUAGGAAGAGGAGAUAGAAGAAGUGACUUUAGAAAUGCCUACGAGUGCUAUAGUUGUGGGCAGUUUGGACAUCGGUCGUUUGAAUGCCCCCUAAGGGGGUCUGAGAGGAGGGGAAGUAACAACAAUGAGAGAAGAAGGUCAUGCGAAGGGGGAAACUCCAACGGGAGUGCUGUGGACCCCUCACAGACUCCCCAAUAA